AUGGCUGACUUCGUGCUGCCCAGGCGGAGCGCGGUGGUGGAGCGGCUGCGGAAGCGCAUCGAGCUGUGCCGCCGCCACCACAGCGGCAGCGAGUCCCGCUACCAGUUGGCCUCGGCCGAGUGCCUGGAGCUGGAGCGGCAGCGCACCUUCACCCUCCACCAGCGCUGCCUUCAGAGCAAGACCAAGCGGGCCGGCAAGCACCGGCCGCCCGCCCCGCCCGCCCCGCCGCCACCGCCCGGCCCGCCGGCUCCACCCGCCCAGGCCGACUCGCAGCCCGGUCCGGCCCCGGUCACCGGCGGCACCGGCUUCAGGAACCACACCGCCGCCGCCGCCGCCAACAAGUCGGACUCCCCCAAACCGGCGGGCGGCGCGGGCGGCGCGGAUCCGAGCCGGACAAGCACUUUGCUGGCGUUGCAGGAAUCAGUGAAAAGGAAAUUGAGAGCUGAUGCUUCUCCUUUGAAUGGCGAUCAGCAGAAUGGGUUUGGAGAUGGGAGCUAUCCUGGCACGAAGAAGAUCAGACUGAAUGGGAAAGAUGGAGUAGGGUUGGUUCCAGUGAAUGGAUCCUCCAAUGGUGUGCCAGCAGUCUCUCCUCUCCAUCAGCUGGACGUUAAGCCAGCCAUUGGAGACGACAUGCUUGUCAGCGGGAACCAUCCCAUGGGAUCAUUGGGCGGUUUGAAAAAAGACAGCAAUCCUGACAGCAGUGUCCAGCUGAAUGGGAAAAGCGACGGUAGUCACACAAUCCCUCUGCUCAAAGACUUUAAACAGGAGCCUUUGUGUGAUUUAGGGUGCAUGAAUCCAACAGGCAGCUCUCUGAGCCAGAACAACAUGUUCCCUGAUAUUAACCUGAAUGAGCAGGAAUGGCAGGAGUUGUUUGAUGAGCUGAACAGGUCUGUGCCUGACCAAGAUAUCCAGGAUCUUUUCAAUGAGGACUUCGAAGAGAAAAAGGAUUCUGAGCCCACAGUAUCCUCCGACCAUCCUUCUCUUCCAGACAACAUCAGCGUAAAGAUUGAGCUUUGUCAGCCUUCCUAUGAACACGAGCAGAUGGGAUCUCCACAGACGAGGCCAACGUCAUCUGGACCUACAUUUUCCAGUUGCCCCAUGGCUUCUGUCAGUGCUGCUCCUGUAGUGACUGGUGUCUCCCAGACUAUGCCACAAGUGCCAGGCCUGCCUCUGGUAGCUGCCAGGCCCGUAUCCAGUGUAUUGUUGCCUGGGAAUGCUGCUAGAGCAAUGGAGCUGAAUCACGCACAGCAGCUUCAGCAGAUGGCUGCCAAGCAGCAGAGAGUUCAGCUGAUGCAGAAGCAACAAGUGCAACAGACGCAGCCAAACCAGGUGCCAAACUGGUCAGCGGCACCUGCCCAAAGCCCCAUUGCUAGUGCCUACAGCCGUGAGCAGCCCAGCAGCCCCUCACUAUAUCAACAGGACUUCAGCCAGAAACUUCCAAUGGCCAGUAUGCCACCAAAGAGCUCCCCAAAGGCUGGCAGCAGCUACCUGCAGCCAAAUCAUGUCGGUAUGCUAAGCCACCAGCCUCCCAGUUCAGGACAGACCUCCACCAGCAGCCAGGCUGCUCUCUUCAGCUAUGCCAACACUAAACGCUUGUCUCAUUUUGAAAUGAAUCACAACCAAAGGUCGGCCCAUCAGAACAAAGGUACCGUGUUUACGUACAUUCAGCAGCGGCACAUCAGCGAUGAGCAGAAACCCAAGGACCUUCACACGACUGCCAUGCCUUACAGACCUCACCUGCAGCUCAGCCAGGAACAAACAGCAGCCACUGUAGCCAGAGUCUCAAGCUCCAUCCCAGGGCCAGGACCAGGGCCGGGAGCCCAGCCUCCUCCUGUUGUCAUACCUGGGAACCACGGCAACGUCGCCUAUCUCAGCAGCCAGCGCGCAGCUGCACUGAAGCAGCACCAGCUGCUGAUGGACCAGCAGAAGCAGCAAGAACAGCAGCAGUUACAGCUACAGCUUCACAGACAGCAAAUACUGGCUGAGCAGGAGAAGCAGCGGAAGCAGCAGGAACAGCAGCUGCAGAGACACCUGACCAGGCCCCCCCCUCAAUACCAGGACCAGCAACAAACCCCCUACCAUGUGGAGCAGCUCAACCAGUUUCAGGGUUCCUCUCAAGCUCUUCCACCCGUUGGAACUCUGGCACCAAAUGCUAAUAGCCCAAGAAUGUUCUCUCUGAAUCCAAACCUGCGCCAGAUGGGCCCAGGCCAGAAUUCAGUCCCUGGUGCUGGGGCUAGUCAGCCUGAGCUGGGGCUGCCUCAGUAUGGAAACAUACACAGCGUCCAACAGGGAUUAUACAACAUGGGCUCAAACCUGAGCCAGAUGCUUCCACGUCCUGUCCAAGGCACAAUUGGAAAUGGACAACAUUCAAAUCAAUUACAGAGACAGCCCAGUAUUGGACACGCAGGUGCUAUGGUUACAGGCUAUGGGCAGAAUCUUUUAGCAAAUUCAAACCUUGCACAGCAGCACAAUAAGGGGCCAGUGAGCCAGCCAGUCUCCAAGGCCCAUCCACAGAGACUACCGGGCUCCAUGGCAAGUCAGAGUCCCACUUGGCAGCAUCAGGGGCUCCAAACUAUGAACAACCAGAAUCAAGCGAGCAGUAAUUUAGUGGCUUUCAACAGUACCUCAACGUUCCACAUGCAGACAGCUCAGCCCAAAAUGGCCACCCAGCAGUUUGCCCAGGGAAUGCCGCGAGCAGGUCUCAACCCAACCAGACCCAUGGGAUCCAUCGGCUCGACUGUUGGUGGGCAAAUAAUUGCUGCAUUAGGGGCACCUCAGACAAGGACAAACCAGCCCACGCAGCAGCCGGCUCCGGGUUUAACCCAGUCUGUUGCAGAUAUGACAACUUUUCCUGCAGGUCAGCAACUGCCUACAAGAGGUAACCCCCACUGCAGUCAGGGGUAUCAGGUAAGAAACGCCAACCAGGAACUGUCUUUCAGCUAUGGCAGCCAGUCAGGAGGCAACACGCUACAAGGCUUAGCUAGUGACGCAGACCCACUGAUUGAUUCUUUGCUGAAAAACAGGAUUACGGAGGAGUGGAUAAACAAUUUGGAUUUGAACUUCUAGGAUCUCCCCGUUGAGUGUGGUUUGCUUACUUUAUGUGGAAUUGGUGGAAAAUGUGUAACCAUGGCUUUUUAUAUAUUAAAACAAAGUGGGACCAAAAAGAACCCUGUGGUGCACGGCAGAUAACUUUGUGGUUGGGAACAGUUCUGUAGACAGCUUUCUCACAAGUUUCAGGGCAAGUUACAUAAGUUUUUUUUUAAAAAGAUUAAACGAUGAAUGAAAAUAUUUUACAUAAAAUGUACAAUAUUUAAUAUAACUAAAUACAAUUGGCCUAUUGUACAUUUUCCCUCCAAUCGAUAGGAAAUCAGCACCAGGCCAUAUCUAAAGCCAUCCACUUGAGCAAACAUUGUCUUCCACUCUGAUCUCAAGACACAAAUAUUGUUUGCCAGGAAAGAGAUUAACUGGGAAUGUGGAAAAUCUGUCAUUAAAAUCCAACGGACAAUACGUAAAUCAGCAUCGGAAAGAGGGGCUUCAAAUCCCACCUGAAAUCUUAACCUAAUCCUUCCUGCGCAAUAUUCUUGAGAACACUUGAGCACUGAUUGUGGAUUUCUGUGCCGUAAGUUUUGGGUGAGGAAUUUUUACUCUGCAUUUUCACUUUCUUUCGUCUCCCAGUCUGUGGGCUUUACUGAGCUGUUGAAAGGGAUUGCAACAGGGCUGAUGAUGGACAAAUGGUACACUGUUCUGCACGUUUCAUACUAUGUAUUUUGCAUUUAUUUAAAGUAGUUCCCGGUAGUCCUAGGGUGUUGUUUUAAACACAAAGAUAAGGAUCCAACCAUCAGAUCCCACCAUCAUCAUUUUAGUUCAUUACAUCUGUCCAAGGGGACAGGUUACUGAAUGUAAAAUCUGGUACCAACUAAAAGAUGACAAAAAAUAAAUUCAGUGAUUUCACGAAUGUGCACUAAAUGUGGCAGCGUGAAUACCGCUAUCUAUAAUGAUUGACUAAAAUUGUGCUCUCCUAUUUUACUUUAGGUUUUGAACCACUGAUGGUAGAUCUUUGUAAAGAUGAUUUCUGACCGAUUGGCCGAGGGUGGGGGACCGUAAAAUCCUAGUGUGUCCAGGGUGGUUUCCUGUGAUACUCCCUGAAACAGUGAUCCUCUGCUCUUGAUCUUUGAUUGGUUUAAGAUUGGUUUGAGAUUAGCAAACUCUGAACUUACUUAUACUAACUACUCAAUAGAUAUUUACCCUCCAUAAUGAACUAUUAAGUGAUCACAAAUGCGAUUUUGCAAGGUUUUUUUGACGUCCCAUGUCAUUGCUGGGAGGAAUUUUUGUACCUCCAUGGCAGGCAGGAAGUACAUGUUCAAGAAUCGCCUUAAAAUGAAAAAGAAUGAGAUUGGUAUGAGUUCACUACCACUCAAAGACUAUGUUUUCCCUAGACUCGACAGCCCGGCAUCACACUAUUUAUAUAUAAAGGUACAAGUAGCCAUCACACAGUGAACCUUUUAAAGCAAACUUGUUUGAAAUGUCCUGAGAUAUGGGGAGGCUUUGCUUAGCCUUUCACAAGCCCAGAUUAAAACUGAUCAUAUUUUUAAUUGCACUCAGCACCUUGUACCUUUCAUAGGGAGCUGGAAAGUCAGAGCAAGCCCCUUACUGUCCCCAACCACCCAUUCCCCCUGUCCUUGGUUUAUGAGUUGUUCUUGCAAAUGCACUGCUCUUCAGUAAUGGUGCUUUACAGCUUAUUCAUGUCAAAGUGGUCGAAUUUAUGUGUAAAUAAAUGUUUACAUUUUUAUAUAAAAAAGAAAUGUUUCUGACAAAAGUAUCUAGCUGUUUGUCUGUAAUAUAUUUUUACAUUUUAUAGUUUUAAAGAAAUUGUAUUUCUUGCUCUGAAUUUUGUACGUCUUAACCCAGCACUUGAUGACUGUAUUGACGUCACUAGCUCUGCCUAACUGUACCUUUGUAUACACUGAUUACUGUAACGUGAGGCUUUCACCUCACAGUGUAGAAUUUAAAAGGUGGAAAAAUACAUGUGGCCAAAUCUGGUUUUAAUUUUUUUUUGUGACAUUGAAGCAAUCAGCCCAGGCUGCUAUGGCACACUAUAAAAUUCAGCUGCUCUGAUGUUUUUCUGCCAGGCAGUACGUUAGUGGCCUCAAGCUCCUCGAGUAAUUUGUACUCCAAAAUGUGUUGGGAGUCUUUGGUACUCGUCACUUGCAACAAGAAAAAAAACUUUUGUCUUUCGUGCAUUGUAAAGAUUUUAACAAAGAAAGUAAAAUCUUGCAUUUGCUAAGGUUACCAAGUUAAUGCAUUUCAUUCUCUGUAUCUUUUACUUCCUCUUUUGAACGUAAACUCAGACUGAUGACUGGUGUUUCAUUACAGUAGAAUGUAAACACAGAAAAUCGUGUCAAGAGCUUUGAGAUGUCCUCGCAAUAUAAAGGGCUUCAUAUCAAAUGUAAGAAUUAUUUAUGUAUUGUUGUAAACAUGGGAUGGCAAACUAAAGUGACUAAAAUCUGGUGCCUACACAGAAUCCAAACCUGUGUGAAACUAUGUCGAACGUACAUCACAUUUCUAAAUUCACUUGUUCCAAGAUUGUUUGCCUACAGAGAAGGUAGAAUUGUAUUGUGCAAUCUGCUUUAUUGGAGCAGUUAACAUGUUAGUUGUGAAAGGCAGGCUGUCAGCUUUAAAUAGCUUUGGGUUUUCUGGUGGAAACAACUUAUCUUGAAUUUCUGAUCUUCACAGCAACCCCAAAACAACAACAAGAUUACAUUUGUAUAGCUUAUCGUGCUUUUAGCAGGGACUCUGCAACACAAUUAAACUGAGCUGAAACUUACUUGAAUUCAACUGCUUCUCACACCAAUGCUUUAUGUUGUAUCCAUCAUAAUUCAUUCUUCUGAACGAGAUCUGGCCACAGUGUUAUUUUCUGGCUCAAAGCGACACAAAUAGCUGUAACUAUUAUUCCAGCCAUCAUUCGCAAAUAAAGACUCCAUGAUCUUUUUAUAA